CCUUGGUGCUGUUGGGUUCCGGAAGGCGGAGCAGUGAGACCGGUGUGGCAGCUGCCAUCUCUCCUUGCCCACCCAUGCGCCCAGACCCUACGAGAACCCUACAGAGCCCACAGCUUCUAGCUGGGCGCUCACUGUCCCCGCGCGUAGUCAACGCGUCUUCAGGCUCUAGCGCUCGCCCUCUCCCGGACACUGCAGAGGGGGCAGCUCUGGAGCGCUCCGAGGAACGCCUCGCUCCCCGCACAGCCUGCGUCCUCUGCAUCCCGGGUUCCGCAGCCUGCAGCUCAGCCCGGGGACUUAAGAUGCCGACCUGCACCUGAGUGUCCCCACCCCACUCCGCCUGCACGGGGAGCGACGGCGGCGCAGGGCGGGGAGGAGGGGGAAAGGGGGCGGAGGACUCGGAUUCCCUGGUGGACCCAGGAAGUUGUCCUUUAAAAAAAGCACAUCUUCCACCCGCCUUUGAGCGCCUCCUCGCCAGAGCAGCAUGUGGACUGGUUCGCCGGGUCCCCUAAGUGUUCCGGGCUGCCGCUGCCGCCGCCUCCUCAGUCCGAGCAGCCGCCGUGGGCAGCGGGAGCCGCACAGAGGUCGGGGAGCCAGCCGGGGAGCGCGGGCUCUCAGUCCCCAGCUUGCCGCUGGCCUCUUCCCAGAGGCGGCGGGCGCCUUCGCUGCCGAGAAGCCAGCCCGCAUUCCCCUGCCUGUUGGUCGCCCAGUGAGGAGUUGAGUCUGCACCUCCAGCCCGGACCCACAUGGCUUGUUACCUGGUCAUCAGUUCCAGACACCUGAGCAAUGGGCACUACCGGGGCAUUAAGGGAGUCUUCAGAGGGCCCCUCCGCAAGAACGGAUCUCCGUCUCCGGAUUUUGCAGAAAAGGAGAAGUCUACAGCAAAAGCUCUGGAAGACGCAAAAGCAAACUUUUACUGUGAAUUAUGUGACAAGCAGUAUAACAAACACCAGGAGUUUGACAAUCAUAUUAAUUCUUACGACCAUGCUCAUAAGCAGAGACUGAAAGAAUUAAAGCAACGAGAAUUUGCUCGAAACGUAGCUUCCAAAUCAUGGAAAGAUGAGAAGAAGCAGGAAAAAGCCCUUAAGCGACUCCAUCAGCUGGCUGAGCUGAGGCAGCAGUCUGAAUGCGUUUCUGGAAAUGGACCAGCAUACAAAGCCCCAAGGAUAGCCAUGGAAAAGCAGCUCCAGCAGGGAAUUUUCCCAGUUAAGAAUGGCAGAAAGGUCUCCUGCAUGAAGAGCGCCCUUCUCCUCAAGGGAAAGAGUGUGGCCAGAAGCAGCAUGGAUAAGCAGCGGUUUGCCACGCCAAGCCGACAACAGCUACAAUCAGACAGGCGGCACUUGUUUGGAAACAAGACAACACAAACAUCUUCAGAUCUCGGCACUGCAAGUCACAGGACAGGAGUUUCAUUUUCAUUUUCAAAAAAAGCCUACCUAAAAUUAGAAUCUUCUGCUUCGGUUUUCAGCGAGAACACAGAAGACAACCAUGAGUGUAACAAGUCACCCACCUAUAACGUCGAACAAGCAGUAGAGAGCUGCAAGUGUUGCAGAUUUGCAAAUGAAGACCCAGACCUUCCGAAGAAAGAAGGUGUCAUCUCAUCGAGCCAUCUGGAGGGUGUUUUAAACAACACCUUUUUGAUGAACACUAAAUUUUCACAAAAUAAAAAUGAAUCAAUUAAUGGAAGACUAAAAGAUUCAGCAGGCAUCCACAGUGCUUUCUCUAAGUCUAACCUCCAUCUUUCAGAAACAGAUUUUACUCUUUCCAGCAGAGAGAAAGAAAUUAGGAAUGCACUGAAGGAUACUUCAGAAAACUGCAUUAAUCAUCCAUGCCAAGCAAAUGAACCCUCCGGUCCACCAAACAUUUGCAAGCAUAGUGAGAAUAGGUGGUAUGAAAGUCUGGGUGAAUUUUUGCCUUCAGGACUAAGUGAACAAAAGACUAAAGCACAGUGGAAUCCUGACUCUAGAACAGAGGACAGAGCAAAGUCUCUAGAUGAAGUAGAAAGAGACAGCAAAAAUGUGCAAAGACUUUGCAGAGAAAGUUGUCCACAUGAUGUGAAAUCCAAAGCAUUGCCUUUCAUCCAUGUACAGAGCAAGGAUGGUCACACUACUCUAAAGUGGCCCACAGAACUUCUCUUCUUUACCAGAACAGAACCUUGCAUAUCUUAUGGCUGUAAUCCAUUAUAUUUUGAUUUCAAACUUUCUCGAAACACAAAGGAUGAACAUCGUUCAGAGAAUAUAAAAAUAGAAUUGGAGAAAGAAGUUUUGGAAAAGAAGACAAAAACAGAGAGCCAAGUCUCAGGUUUAAUUAAAGAACAACAAAAAUUGACCCAAGAUAAACAAUCUCUGAAACCAAAGAUGCUUAUAGCUAACCCAGAUUGGGAAAAGUUCCAGAGGAAAUAUAAUUUGGGCUACAAUGAUUCUGACUCUACUAUGAGUGAACAUGGUAGUCUAAGAGACUUGGAAAUGAAAAGUCCUGAAGUGCCUGCUUACCUUAAUCUGUCUCUAAAGGAUGGCUUAGGAAAUGAUAAUAGCGAUGAUAUUGAAUUUAUGGAACUCUCAAAUGUCCACUGGAAAAGCUGCAAAAAGACAGUUCAAAAUAAUGUUCAGGAGGGUCUAUCUUGCUCGCCUCACAUUUCUAGGACUAAAACUCAUAAGCUGAAUCCUUGCAGUUCACAUUCAGAGUCUGAAGAAGAAAAUCAAUGUACCUGGAACUUCAGUCCUUACACAUCAGGGGAUCCUUCUGAAGAUGGGAAGGACAUCAGUGCAAGUUUCAAUACCUGCAACGCCAGCAUGACCAGUGGAGCUUCCAAAAAUGGGGAAAGAAAUCACGGGAAACGUUCUUCAGUGUCACCUCUGAGGGGCCACCCCAGAACUCUGGAUGAAGCUUCCAGAAACGUGUCCAGCUGGAGAAACAUAUGUUCAAGUUAUAGGCCCAAUGGCAGUGACAGCAGUCACCUGCUCUACCUUUGUAAAAGAGAACGUGACUCAGCUGAGAGGCACAUGUGGAAAAACAGAAAGCACAAUUGUCUCUAUUUGUCUGAUGCACCAAUAAACAGUAACUGUCCUCACUCAGAUACACAGAGAGACAGCAAUGGUAACCGAUGGGACUUAUUUAAAACUAAAAGACCAUCAAAACACAGAGACUGUCAGUGCAGAAAAAGGUAUGAGCUGGGUAAAAAUCAACCGUUCACAGGUCCCAAGCCCCCAAGAAUUUGUCAUUGUGAUUCUGGCUCACAGGUUUCCCUUGAUGCAAAUAGUGAUAAGCUCUUGAUUGGUCAGGGACCUCAGCACAGCAAAUCAGGCUCUUAUUUGAGACAGAGAGCUUACUACUACUUAGACAAGAACAAGAGAAGCCAAAAGUCUUUGGCCAGACUUCACAUUUGUGAUGUGGGAAAAGUCAAGUGCAUGCGACAAUGCAGCUCAGACACUCUCAACUACCUUCCAAGGAGCUGUGUAGCCGGCCCUUCAGAAACCACACAGUCAAACAUUCCAGAUGGAGAAGGGCCAUCCCUGACAGCCAAGGGUCUUCUAGAAAGAGUGCAGGCCAAGAAGUGUCAGGAGCAAUCGAAAAAGUUCAGGAUCUCCCCGAACAGUUGUUUAAAAGAAUCAGAGACUCAUUCACAAAUCCAACACACAGUUCAACCUGAACCACAACGUAGCAAUAGAAUGGCAUUGCCUUUUUUGAAGAAGAGACAACAUAUGUGCAAAAGAAGAAAUGAUAAAGGCCAUAGGGUUCACCAGAUUGCUGACAAAGAAAGAAUUGAAAGCUUACAAAAACCUGGUUUUACUAUUUUAACAGACACUCAAUGUGAAAACUAUCUCUCCACAGGCCUAAGUCAUUCAAUGCCAGGCUCUCAGUCUUCAAGUGGAAAAAAGAACCAGACAACAAAAGAGCAAUCUAAAUCUUCAAUUAGCACAGUCCAACCUUUUCUUCAAAGCUGUGACCCAGUACCAAAUGAUUUCCUCGGUGCUUUUCCAUCUAAUAGAUACACUGGUGUAACCAAUUCAACAGAGACCAAAGAGGAGCAGAUAAAUCUAGACUCACAGGAUGUAAGCAUGUCUAUAAAUCAUGUAGAGGGGAAUAUAAACUCUUACUAUGACAGAACAAUGCAGAAGAAUGACAAAGUGGAAGAUGAAUUAGAAGUGUGUCAUAAAUCUCUCUCACCCCCUUUAAUUCAACAGCCCAUAACAUUUUCCCCCGACGAAAUGGAUAAGUACAAGCUUCUCCAGCUACAAGCACAGCAGCACAUGCAGAAGCAGCUCCUGUCAAAGCAUCUCCGAGUUGUGCCCGCUGCAGGGCCCCCUGCCUUCUCCCCAGCCUCAGCCAUGCAGACAGUUCCAGUCCAUCAGCACACAUCCAUCACCACCAUCCACCACACAUUCCUACAGCAUUUUGCUGUUUCGGCUUCCAUAAGUUCUCACAGCAGUGCCCUCCCCAUUGCUCAUUUACACCCUCUGCCACAGCCACAUUUUACUCCCUUUUCGUUUCCAGCCAUGGCUCCGGCCAUUAUUCCUGCACACACCGCUUUCCUAGGUCAUCCUCUGCACUUAGUCACCACCGCCCCCUUUCACCCAUCGCAUAUAGCAUUUCAGCCCCUGCCUUCCACAGCCUUUAUCCCCACGUUGUUUGGUCCUCAUUUAAACCCAGCCACAACUUCUAUCUUCCACCUGAAUCCUUUAAUCCAGCCAAUGCUACAAGGUCAAGAUCUUUGCCAUCACUCUUGCUCCAGUCAGAUGCAACAGUUAAACAGCGUGAGGGAGGCCUUAAACAUGGCACUACACUUGAACUAAUAGCUAUUACAGCUUGUCUUAUGAAUAAGUAACAGAUUUUUGCUACCUGUAAAGCAAUGCAUUAAUACCGUCUCUCUUGUUAUUGUAAGAUUUAAAAUUAUGGUGCCAAUUCCAAAUGUAACUCAUGCAUAAAUGUAAAUGGAAUCAUCAUUAUUGAAAUGGGAACAUUUUUAAGAACUUCUCAUUUUGGCGAAAAUAAUAUGGCAAAUUAAAAUAAUUUUAUGGGAUGAAGUUCUGGGGAGUAUUAAAGAAUGGUUUGAGGAGAAUUGUCCGUUAGUGUUAUAAUCUGGUAACAGGAAACAUUCUGGCAUAUCAUAAAUAUUAUGAGUAAAAAAAAAAAAAAAACAGAAUACCCUAUGUUUGAAGUGUUUGAUGAGUGAGUGGUGAAUGAACGUGAAUUUCAGUUUUAUUUUUCAGAUAGUAUUAAAAUGAGCCAAUGAUUCAGAAUAAUCACUAUUGUUAAAGCUUGGCUGUGCUACCAAUUAUAUUGUCUUUUAAUGUGUUUUUCAUAGGACCUUUGAGCUAUUAAAAAUAUUCUGAUUAAUACAAGCUGAAAACAAACUACACUAACUUUACAAUUAUAGAAAUUCUGUGAAAGACAAUUUUGCUUCCCUUCAUAUGUAACUAUAUCAAGAUAACUUUGUAUGAAUCAAUAACAUCAGGAAUUAAGAAUGGUUAAACUUUUUAUUAGAGAGUAUACAAAAGAUAUUAUUAGCAUUUGAUAAACAAAAAUAAAAUAUCUACAGAUUAACAUUGCACACAUAUUUGAAUUCAAAUAUUACAAGAACUAAAAAAAAGAACUGAAUCAAGUUUUACUUGCUUUACCACUCAGAAACUUCAUUGUAUUCAGGAAUAAGGAGCACAAGGCUUAGAAAGAAUGAGUUUUAUAAUGGUAAAACAAAUUACCAUCUAUGUAAUCAAACACUCAUUCAAAAGACUGCCUGACAGAUAGACUUUCUACUUCUUAUUUUAUUUGUGGACUGUCAUGUGUUUAGUGUAUAAUUUAAUACCCUUAUAAAAACAUGACUUACAUUUCCCAUAACUAUGGGUUUAUGAAAAUGGAAACUAAAAGAACGGGGUUGUCUUACAUCUAAUAAUGACAUGAAGGUGUAAAUGUUAGCAGCCUUGGGGAAAGGGAGCAGCAUUCACUGAAUAUAUGUAUUUCACUUCAGCCAGGUGAAACACUUAGCCCACUUUUUCACAUUCCUCACAUCUGUAGAGAUCAAUAUUAGCAUUUCUCAUUUGCUCAAUGAAAUCAAGAAGCUUAAAUAGCUGAUUUUUCAUAUGUGGUAGAAAAGAUAUCUUUGCUGCCGAGGACAAAAACAGAAUGGGGGGAAUAAGAAAAAAUAAAUUUAAAAUAUUGACAUAAAGAACAAUUGUGUUUACCAAAGUAACAACAAACAUUUGUAGACGAGGAAUUGUAUUGGAAUAUAUAAGGGACAGAGUCUGACUUACUUAAAAUGAAUAGAAAGCGAGAGAGAGAGAGAGAGAGAGAGAGAGAGAGAGAGAGAGAGAGAGAGAGAGGUAUUUAUCAAAUAGCAAGAACCUCCAUACUUACAUAUAACUCCACAAAAGUAAUUAUUAAAAUUGAGUGCAUUUGGGAUAAAUUGCCCUAAAAAAUGAAUGCAAGUGUUGUUAUAAAUGUGGAUAAUAACUUGCUCCCCCCAAUCUAAAUGUGCUGUGGAUAAUUAGUUCAUGAAUCAGAUUACAAAGAUGGCACAAAGCCAAGGCAGGGUGCUCUUGAACCGUCGUCACUGGAAGUUUGAUGACAGAAGAGACAGAUCACUUGAUUAAUUUUUAAAUUGCCUUGGAGACAGUCUAGAAUCUCCGAUGGUUAAACCAGGGAACUUUUCUACUGGUGCCUUCGCUCGAUCAAUCGGUGUAAGCCGGUAGUUUGGAAAUGUCUGCUCCAUCCUGCACUAGCAGUGAUGAGAGUGCUCACUGAAUUUCCCACCACAGACAACAGCAAGAUGUGGCCAAUGAAACAAAAAUAACUCUUGUACUCGAAGGAAACAAGGCAUAAAAAGUUGUGGCAUCAAAUAGAGGGAAGGAACAAUUAAUAAACCUCUAUCCACCUGAUCAAUGAGGUCAGCACUCACGCUGAGUUUCAGAUUCGAUUUUACCUUUAGAGGAGCGCAUUCUGGAAAAGCGGAAGCAGAAAGAAGACCAUCUUUUUCUAAAAGAUGCCCAUUAAAAACAGAAUCUCUGAUGGAUCAUACUUUUUGUAGCACAUCCUUCAAAUUAUUUGAUAACUGACUUGAGCAUUAUUUUUGUAUUAAAUGCUAAAUGUAUCAGAUAAGUGCUUUGUGGGUUUACUCUUUACACUUAGUCGUUGGGCCUUGUUUUGUAUCUGCCCAAGAAUCAAGGCUAAAGACAAAUAUUGUUGAUAAAAGCUACAAAAUAUUUAUAUAUACAUAUGUUCACAUGUGGGCACACACACACACACACAGACACACACACACAUGCAAGUAUGUCUAUAUAUUUUAUACCUAAAGAUUCAGAGUCAUUCCACCAUCAUGUAGCCUCAAUGAGUUCAUGCAGGAUUCAAUAAAGUAAGUGCUUUGUGUGAUAAACUGGCAAAUAAGCAAAGUUCAUUACUUAUUUUUUCAAGAAAAAGGUACAAUGGGGGCUAUAAAAAUCUACUCUAUCAAAUUUUUGAAGUUCACCUUUCUACAUGUUAUAAAUAAUUAAAUCUGAGAAGUGAUUAGACAGUAGAGAGUGAUUUACAAAGUUCCUAAUUCUCAGGCUUUGACAUCUCCCCUGCCCCUCCACCUUGGAGAGAGACAUUUUUCAGUCUGAUCUGAGAUUUCUUUGUCACAGAAAAUGGGUUCGAUGGUGCCUACCCUUUUUCAGUCUCUGUCAGGUCUAAAUUGAUCUCUGCUAUCAUUGGGUAGAAAUACGUUUAUAAAGAACUAACCCUAUAAAAGAUUCUCCUUAUAUAGGAUAUUUAAUCAGUCAGAUUACUCGGGAUCAUAUGUCACGAUCUGUCUCCUCGAAGAAAGUUUUCUGUAGAAAGAAGGACAGAAGAAAUGCAGUUUUCUAAAAAUUUAAUAAUACUUUGAAAUUUUGUGAAAAACUCAGCUUGUUCUUCAAGCAUUCGAUAAGGUAACUGGAGAUACCAAGAUGGUCUGCAGACAGGCAUGCUGGAAUACCACUAGUCUUACAGAACACUAUAUCGUGAUAAAUGAAAUAACCCUCCCAGGAUGUUAGUAGAGUGACUGUCUAAAAAGUUGCGGGGUAACGUUGACAGCAAUACAAAAACACAGUACAAAUCUAUAUCUUUUCUUUAAAAUAUUUCUUAUGGUUUUUAAGGAAUAUUGUUAAAUAUUCUGAAAAAAAAAUGGACAUAUCAGAUCCAGCUUCCUGAAAUCACACCGUAACGACCCACUUCUCAUACCUCUGUGUAGGCAGCUAGCCUAAUUAAGUGUGGUAAUGAUCUAAGCGUUCUCGGCCUCAGCAGCGCUAAGGAAGAGGCUGAAGUAGGGUUCCCUGAAUUAUGAACUCCUAAAGUGGAAUGCGCUCCCGCUGACUAACAGAAACAUUUUUACAACGCAGAGGGUGAGCAUCUUCAGGCAGGAGCCGGAGAGAUGCGCGCGUGCUCUCUGUGUCUCACACAGGAAGCCCUUCAGUAAGAUGAAAAGUUUGGAAUGGCAGUUCUCCAGCCAGUAAGCGUGGGUCAGGUCAGAGGAUUUUCGAAGGUUAUCAUUUUGUUCCACCAAAAAUACUAUCCACAUCCUCUAUGAGAUGGAUAGUUCGUGAUGAGUGGUGUACAUUUGGGACUUAAGCUGUAUUAUAAAUGAUAGCGAUGGAAAAACGGGUUAGUUUUAGAAUAAGCCAAUAUUUGAGAGAUAAGCUAAAGGGUCAUUUUCAUUCUCGGAAGCUAUAUAUAAGAAUGAAUGAUUCCAAUCCAAUUUUUAAAUUCCUUUUUCAAAGUCACUUCUUACUUUUGCAACUUACCACUUCUCUUAUAUAUUGAGAUCAAUGAAAACCUUAAGAGAAACAACAACAACAACAACAAAAAAACAAUACAGGAAUUCAGAAAAAGUGUAACAUGUAUGAAUGUGUAUGUUUGUUUGUGUGUGUGUUCUUAAUAUACCCUUUGUUCUUAGGUUGUUAAAUUCAUUUGUUGGAAACAGAACGUUUAUUACAGUGUUUUCUUUUUAAAAUAAUCAUAUUAAGACAAUCAAUUUUAAGAAACAAUUUUAAGCCUGUGCAAAUUGGUCAUUUGCUUUAAUAGGUGAGAGACUCUUAAGUAGCUGAAAUUUAAGUUGGUUGUGUAGCUCUGUACAACAAAGCUCCACCUUAUCGAACCCUAAAAAAAGUACUUACCUUAAGUGAUACUGAAAGAUGGUCUGCAAUAUGUAUAAGCCAAUCACUUUAUUUUGUAUUCUCUGUUCAAAGCAAUUUUGAUUAUACUGUGGCUAAGUAAAUUGCACUACUGUACAUGCAAAGAAGCUUUUUUUUUUUAGAUUAUUGAAUAAAUUACUUGGACUGUAGUUCAAUGCAAUAAUAUUUUUUUCAAUAAAAUGCUUAAAGAUAUAGGAGUGUUAGUGACAUAUUUAUAACAAAAAUUGUACCAAAAUGUGAGGAUUAAAUCAAGUACAAAUGAUGUGAAAAUAUUCUGUAUUUUACACUGUUGGAUUAUAAUGCAUUUAACAUUUUAUUUGUUACUGUAUAUAUUUAUAGUAUAUAUUUAAGGGGUUGGAUUUCUUAGACUUUUCAUAACAUUUGAG